AUGACUCCUCCCUCGUCUAUUCCAGUGCUUGAUCCAACUAACGUGAUUGUCCUACGACGCGAUAUCCUGACUGGAGAAGCUAUGAAUGUGGACCACAGGACGUUCCUCAUGAUCACACAUGGCUACCUCUAUGGUCCCGUCUGCAGCCCUUACUCAGCUCUCGCGGGUACACUUUAUGGAACUGGGCUUGCACUCGUUUCUCCAAACGACCGUGGACCAUCGCCAAACGGGUUUCUUUAUCACACACCAGCUAUAUCGGAUAGUUAUCAGAGCCUGCGUUAUGUGACCCCCACCAAUGCCAAUAUCAUAGCAGCCCGCCAUAAUGACGACCGGGAUGUGAUGAUCCGUAUAAUAACUGCUGGUGGAGAGGGCCACAACGUUCUCCGUAUUGUCAAGAAAAUCUGCACAGGCGAAGAGAGCUUGUUGAGCCACAAUCACGCCCUUUCCCUCUUGGAUAUAUUCGAGUACAACGAUCUCACAUUUGGUGUCUUUCCUCGGGUCGCGGAUCUCUUCUUGAGCAACUUUCUACUCGAAUGGCACCCAAACACUUUAGAUCCCGGCAUGAAGCGGCGUGGCUUCACUCGACCUAGGGUGUAUAUUAUAGAUUUCGAAACCGCUGUGGACUUCCUAGAGGAUUCCACACCUGAAGAGCGCGUCGUGACAGAAUAUCCCUUCCCCUUGGAGUCUUAUGGACGGCCUGUACCACCCGAAUUUCACGUCUCGAAUACAUAUGAUCCUUUCACUUUGGAUAUAUGGCAAUUUGGCUCGGACUUGACGAGGUUUCGUUCAACUAUAUGGGAAAUCGACGAAAUAUUGGAGUCUACGAGGAAUGAAAAUCCUCGAAUCGUCCAACAGCGGUAG